AUCCUCACCCACUCGACGCCGAGCUACACCUUCAACUUCUCGCCCUUCCUGCGCAGGACGUACGGCCACGCCCUCGAGCCGCACCGGACAGACAAGCCAGACUCAUCCUCCUCCGCCCAGGCCGGCGCCACCAGCGGCUUCAACUCGCUCGUGUGCAAGCACUGGCUGCGCGCGCUCUGCAAAAAGGGCGAGCACUGCGAGUUCCUGCACGAGUACAACCUGCGCAAGAUGCCCGAGUGCAACUUCUUUGUGCGCAACGGCUACUGCAGCAACGGCGACGAGUGCCUGUACCUGCACAUCGACCCCCAGAGCAAGCUGCCCCCCUGUCCCUGGUACGAGCGCGGCUUCUGCCCCCUCGGCCCGGAGUGCUCCAAGAAGCACGUCCGCAGGAAGCUGUGCCCUUACUAUCUCGCCGGGUUCUGCCCGGACGGGCCGGACUGCAAG